AAAAUACACACGCAAAACAGUUUCUCAGUUUCACUUUCAGUCCUUUUUUCAGCAUACAGAGUAUCGCAUUCUCUAUAAAAAGUUGCAUCUAAGUGAGACAAUCCUUGUUGGAAAAAUUUAUCUAUAGAACUGUGUACAAUCCAAAACACAAAGAUGAGGAAGAUACGACUGUCUGGAAACGACUACGAUCUAUUUGGAGAAGACAUAUCUGGGCCACAGUUUGACUUCUUCCAAAAACAUCGCGAUACAUUCAAGCGUAUGUGGACAGACCAAGGAAAGAAAUUUUGGUCAAGAUUUGUGGAAGCGUUCAAGAUAUAUACAACCAAACAUGGUAUGCUGAAGGAUUUUCCUGGUAAAACGGAUCAGUAUGAGGAAUAUAUUGGCGAAGCUUUUGAGUUGCUGCAUACUACUUUUGUAGAAGGAAAAGCUAAUGCUGCCAAGAAUAUUGUGAUAGAUAUUGUGUCUGUAGCUCAGAAACGUCAUAUGCUGCAAUAUCUGGAGUCUAAAUCAUACGCGAAAGAUCCAUUUUACAACCGUGAAACGAGAGAUGUAUUUAGAAGGUUGUUUGGGCCUAAGGACAAGAAGUCUUCUUAUAUGAAAACAUAUUUACUUAUUCCCGUCUACUUAAAAUUUGGCGGAAGUGUUGCGAGAAUUUUACGACGUUGGAUGAGUGCAAGUGAUCAAGACUCAUCCGAUGAAACAUAUUGGGACGCCAAGAGCAAAGGUAACUCCACUAAAGAUAAAGAUACAGACUCGAAGGCUGAUGCUAUCAGUGAAGCUCGUAGGAAAGCUGAAAUGGAAGCUACAAGGAAAGCAAGACUGAGGCGAAUGAAAAAAAUGGAACUUGAGUUACAUAUGGCAGCAAUGCCAAUGACACUUCCUGAGAAUAUUGAACGAGUGCGCAAUGCAGCUGUUAGGGGUACAAGCCUCCAACUCGUUGACAUUGAGGAACUCAAGAAGGAUACAUCCUCAAUUGCAAGUCAGAUGCAGCUUCAGUUGUACCUCAAUGAAAAAUUUAAUGGUGAUCCAAGAGGUCCAGUGUUUUUACCCAGUUAUGGAUUUGGAGAUCCCCGAUUCAAUGACCCGCUCAAUCCUUUAUUUGAUGUUUUUGCAAACCCUACAGAACCUUGGUAUCAGGAUGUAGAUUUGUGGAAAUACAGACAAUUCCUCUGCUAUAUGAAAGCUCUUGGAAAGCAGCCUUUACACUGGCUUGGCAUACCUGAUAUUCAUGAACUAUAUUUGCAUAUAAGUGAUAGCCGCAGCUUGCACAUCAUCGAACAAAUAUAUAAGGAUUAUGGAGAGCUUAAAAACAGUGCCAUAAAUAAAAAACUUGAGGAUUAUCCUGUCAAUUUCAUUGGCUCAUAUAACUACUGUAAUCUAUGCUUUCUGACAAACGGCAGCAUGAGAAUGAUAGGAUAUCGUCCAAAUAGACAUCUAAAAGAAUUGAAACCAAUGGAAGAUUUUAUUGCUGAAAAAUUAUAUGACUGUUUAGUUCACAUAAAUUAUUAUGACUUGCCCCAGUUGAUUGAGACGCUUGAAACAAAAGGGGAAAAAGAGGCAUGGAAAGAAUACCAAAAGGUGGAUCGGGACCCUAAACGCACUCCUUUAUCAAAGAAAGAGUGUAGCAUGAAAACACAAGCAGUUGAGGGUAAAUCCAAAUAUACAGAACAGUCAGACAAAAGCAUGGAUGUAAAUGUCAGUGAGAACAUCAAAUCUAAAGAAUCUAGUUUGGAAGAUGGCAAUCAGAAUAGGAAGCCUAAAACUCUGGAGGAGAAUCAAAAGCUAAUGCAGGCUAAUGUGUCAGAGGAUGUUAAAAGCACAGAAGCUAGUGUGUCAGAGGAUGUUAAAAGCACAGAAGCUAAUGUGUCAGAGGAUGUUAAAAGUACAGAAGC